GGUAGUUCAAUUCCAGUCAACACACGAGCAACGACCGACGGUUAUUCGCCUAUAAAGUCUUUAAGCGUUUACGUAUAAAGGAAAUCUAACAUUAAUAAAAAUAUUGUACAAAUAUACAAUUUAUUUUUCAUUAUAAGUAAAUCUGUAAAAAUAUAUUAAAAUAAUGCCGGAAACUGUGGUUACCGUUCAAAAUCCCGAAUCCAAACCUGGAAAACCUGGAGUGGAAAAUGGAAACAUGAACAACAUUUUUUCUUGGGUAGAAAUCAAUUACAAAUAUUUCAAAACCUUGCCAGGGAUACUGAAAUUAGCACAGUUGAUACUCGGCAUAAUAUGUUUAGCACUUGCUUCGCCAGCCAGGUUACCGGGCACCAAUUGGUUCCUGUUCGUGGUCAUCAUCAGUUUUAUAGCGACUGCCAUCUGGUCAUUUGUCUAUUUGCUUUCCAUCCGAGAAGCUAUCAAUUUCCCGAUAAAUUGGGUGCUCACGGAAUUCUUCAACACGCUCCUGUUAACUGUCCUGUACACAGUUGCGUUCAUCGUACAACUUUCAGCCUGGUCCAGACCGUACCAAUCGUAUUACAAAAAUCCUAACAUAGCGGCAGGAUUGUUCGGAUUUAUCAACGCGGCUGUGUACGGAACUGGAGUGUAUUUAAUAUUCAACGAUUGGAAAAAGUCGAGAACUGCUUCAACUGUUCAACAGCAAUAAUAUUCAAGAGGACAGAAAAAACGCCUGCUACCCAUUAUUUGUCCACAGACAUAUGAUAUUAUAUAAUAAUAAUAUCAUACUUAUUAUUAAUAUAUUAAAUAGUACCUAACUGUUUUAUGUAUUUUCGUAAGUAGGUUAUGAUAAUGAUAAUGUAUAAUUUUAGACGGGAUCGUAAAUAAAUAUUAAAUAUACCUUAAAACUAAUUGCUAAGCCAAUACAAUAUUUAGAUUUUUUUUUUCAUAAAGUAUCAAAAUAUGGGUUCCUUGGGAAAUGAAAAACUGACCAUAGUUAGGCGCAAAGGCAUCAUAAAAUUUACACUAGUUUUUACCAAUUAAUACGUUAUGGUAAGCAUAAAAAUAUAUUUUAUAAUAUAAAACAUUAAUUCAACAUGCUAAAAAACGAUCUUCUUGCACCUCUUGACUCUUCGACUUAUUUUGUCAGUCUUCAUGGGUUUGCGUACCUGCACUUUAAACUUAAACUUAAAUACCUAUAUUCAUAUAUAAUAUUACGCUGGCUUAUACAUACACAACAGACAUUGAAAACUGAACUAUUUAUAGGUAUAUAUUAUAUUAUUUGUAUUUUAAAUAUAUCCUAACGGCUAACUGUAAACCGGACGGUGGUAGGUAGGUAACUACAAGUGUUACUGACACACUGUAAACAUUUACAAUUCAUUAUAAACUAAAACCUAAUUAAUAUGUAAAUUAUACAUAUAUUAUCAACGAUUAUAAUAAUAUGUGUAAGUCCGAUUAAAAUGAAAGAAAAUAUCAAAAAUUGAGCACAUUUCAUAAAAUGGAAAAGCAUAACAAAAAAUGGGUAGGAAUUAAAUUUUUAAGAAGGAAUAGAAAAUGUUCAAACAUCGUAUAUUAUUAUUUUUUUUUAAAUAGUAUGGUACAAUUUAUAAUAUCAAAUAUUUAAUGAAUAAUGUUACAGUUGUGAAUAUAUUAUAUUUUAUUUUAAUAUUACCUAUAUGCAUUCGGUUUUCCCUAUUAGUUAGUUGUAUAGAAUUUGGAACAAAUAAAUUUUAAUAAACAAUGAACAGAUAAUAAGUUUUAUUAAAAUUGAAUGAUAAUUAAAUUAUUUGUAAAUAAUUAUUUAUUUAAUAUUUUUGUUAAUCAUAAUGGUAUGAUUAUGUGCUUAAGCGCUUAUUUUACUGCAUAC